UUAUAAAUAAUAAUAAACGAUGUUUUAUAAAAAGAUAUACUGGAUGCUUGGUAAUAAUGGAUAUGGAACAAUCAACAAUAGUCAUACUUUAUAAAUAUUUUUGUUUUCUAUAUAAAUUAUCUUUAUAUUACCUCAAGUCUUUUAGCUAUUACCUCAAAAUUCUAAAUCAUAUUUUUGUUAACGUCUCUUUAUGUGUAAAGACCACCAACGUGACAUUGGCAGAAUUGUGUAAAAAUAUGCUGAGAUUAAAAAUAAAUACAAAAGAAUAAGAACGCCAGUAAAUAAUUGUGUGCCUGUUUUUUUUUAUUUACUUAUUUCAAAAAAGAUUAUUAAAGUAUUGGUCGUGGGUAAACAAACUUGGCGAUAUCUAUAAUUUUCCUAAAAUGGGAACCGAUACUGAGAAGGAAGCUGGUUCAUACAUUCUAAAAAGUUAUGGAGAAUUCUUCAAAAAGCAACAUCAAGAUCUAGUUUUAAUGAGCAGAAAUGAAGUUUGGGAAGGAAACAAAACUUUUAUACCGAUACAAUUAUACAUGGAACCUAGUGAGCAGAUUUCAAUCACCAAACUUGUUUCUUCUGAUAACACCAUGAUGACCAAAGUGUUAGGUGUUUUAUCAUCGCUUUGCGUGGAAGUGAUAGAGCUAAAAAAAGAAGCCUUUGAAAGAUAUUUCCCAUUUUUGGCAAUUUAUGAGGAACAUAGUAAUAGCAAUAUUGCUUUUCAAAUGGAGACAAUAUGUUCAAUGUAUGCUUUUUAUAUGAGGUGUGAUGAUACUAUUCGGAAUAUGUGCAGUCAAGUAUUUGCUGUUUUUACAGAAGCAAUAGUCAACUUGAAUGCCAUUCAACUCCACUAUGUAAUAAAUCACAUAGGAGAGCUAUUUGCACUAAUUGCAUUGUUGGAGUUGUUGAUAUCUAACACUACAUUAACAUCUAAAUGGAAUAAAUACUGUAAAACUCUUCAGUCAUUCAGUCAAACACCAGAAAAACUAAAUUUGACAGAAGAACAUUUUGAAGCAUUGCUUGGAGCUACUGAAAAUAUUUCUUCUAAAUUGUUGCAUGAUGAUAUAGUACAAAACACCCUGCAAAAUUUAUUGACUCUAAGAAAAGACUUAGUAGACAAAAAUUGUUCUAAUGUAUCAGCAGAAUUUAUGCUGUACUUGAAACAAGCUAUUACAAAUCUUGAUAAAAUAGUUCAGGAGAAGCCAAAUAUUACAAAUAUGUACAAAUGUAUUAAAAUGAAUGUCCUUUUUGUAUUGAGUGCACAUUUGUUUGGUAAUAGUGAUAAAAAAAUAUUUAAAUCUCUAAUUGAGUUGAAUACAAAGGCUCACAGUAUUCAUGUCAUAGGAACUACUGUCUGGUUUCCAGAACAGUUUCUUCAGAGACAUUUACCAGCACUUUGUGCAAGCUAUGGGAAAAAUUCUCAAAUAAUGCUUAAAUCAAGGCAGGCAUACAUUACUGCUAAAAAAACAUCACUUGUCAAAGAUAUAGCUUACUAUCAAUUAGUGUGCACUCACUGGGCAUUGAAUAUCGAAGAGAUAUUCUCCAUAAAUCAUAAUAAACUAAAUGCUGCUGAAAUGGCUCAACAUGCUAAGAUCUUGCUUGAAGGACUAGAAAUAACAUCUAGCAUCAAUUACUAUAUUCUUACACUGAUUAGUCUUCAUCUCUGUUUAGGAAUACCAUUAUCUAAAAGCAUUCUUAUGUCACUGUUUGAUAUAAUAGACACAUUAAAGAGUUUGCAAAAUGUUAUUCUACGUAACCAUUAUAAGAUUAUUAACUCUGUCAAUAUGAUUAUUCACCAUUUGCUAUUUCAAGCAACAGUCUCUGUUCAAGAAGUGAAAAAAAGUCUGGUGGGAGACAAAAAUUAUGCUAACAAGAGGUUAGAUGAAUUGACAUGUGUUGUGAUAGCUGAACAGGCUCUAAGGGGUGCAACAACAUUAGAACGCAAUAUAGCAGCAAAUGUAGCAUUGAGUUUAAUACCAGACAGCACAUAUUCAGAUGAUAGUUAUGCUAAAUUAUGUAUUCUUUUGGAGAAAGUGCAAACAUUAUCUAAUUUCACAAAAUCCUUUGACAACUUAUGUAACUGUUCUUGGAUAUUGUGGCACCAAAAUGUUAUUCCUAUAUAUUUUGAACAGAACUUUAAUGUACAAUUGAACGCAAUGAAAGUGAAAUAUUUUCUGAUGGUAUUGGAAGACUGUGCAUUAUUGCUACAUAAUACGGACAUUCUAUUUAAUUCCAGCAAGUCACAAGACUUUUUAAAAGAAAUGAAAAAUUUAAUAAAUGAUAAAAUAAUAAACACUACUAGCCAGAAUAUAGAAACAAAUUUGCGUUUACAUAUUCAUUCUCAUUUGCAAUUGGAUGUUGUGAAUCCAUUCACAACAGAUAUGACUAAGAAAUUGUUGCUAGCCAUUGAUCAGCUACGUAUCCAAAGUGUAUACAUGUGUGUUGUUCCAUCAGUGGAACACUAUUUAUCCAUGAUGUAUUACAAUUUAACUACUGUAGUACUAUCAGAUUGGAAAACAUAUGGUGAAAUGAGACAAAUGGCAAAGUUUAAGUUCAAUCUCAAAACGGUUCAAGAUAAUUUGCCCACACAAACACUUGAGCAAGGAUUGGAUGUCCUGGAAAUCAUGAGAAAUAUCCACAUAUUUGUCUCAAAGUAUCUAUACAAUUUAAAUAAUCAAAUAUUUAUUGAAAAAAGCAGUAACAAUAAACACUUAAACUCGAUAAACAUCAGACAUAUUGCAAACUCAAUAAGAACACAUGGUACAGGGAUUAUGAACACAACUGUAAAUUUUACUUAUCAAUUUUUAAAAAAGAAAUUUUUCACUUUUUCACAAUUUAUGUUUGAUGAACAUAUAAAAUCAAGGCUGGUCAAAGAUUUGCGAAACUUUAAAGACACAACAUCAAAUGGUGGAAACAUGUACCCUUAUAAAAAUGCAGAAAGAUUUAAUAAGGGUAUAAGAGUUCUCGGGAUUGAUGAAGACGGCCAAAGCUAUUUAGAUUUAUUUCGCGACCUUAUAAGUCAGAUUGGAAAUGCGAUGGGGUAUGUGAGAAUGAUAAGAUCUGGUGGCAGGCAUUGUUGUUCAGAUGCCACUAUAUUUUUACCCGAUUUAGACACAGUAAGCUCUUUCAAAGAAAUGUGUGAAGAGAACAAUUUAGGACAAAGAUCUAUUAAUUCAUCUGAAAAUUUGGACAAUACCAUCAAUAGUUUGGUGACCAACUUUUUACAGGGUACUGAGUAUUUUAAACUACUGGUAGAUGUAUUUGCGCCGGUGUUUCGAAACCCAAAGAAUGUGCACCUUAAAAAUUUUUUCAUUAUUGUGCCACCGCUCACUCUCAAUUUUGUAGAACAUAUGAUACUGUCUAAAGAUAAAAUGACAAAGAAAAACAAAGUUGGGGCUGCUUUUACUGAUGAUGGAUUUGCUAUGGGCAUAGCUUACAUUUUGAAAUUGUUAGACCAGGACUGUGAUUUUGAAUCAUUACAUUGGUUCGAUUCCGUUUGGAAGCACAUCCAAAAUGAAAGAAAGCUGCUGGAGGAACAAAAAUUAAAGGGAUCGGUGCAAUUGCAGCAAACUUUAGCUCUUACAGAAAAGAAGUUAAAAAUAAUUGAGGAAGAAUACAAAUUAUUAUAUUAUAGUCUUACCAGUGCCAGAAUAUUCUUUAGAUAAGUUGUAUAAAUGUUACUUAGUUGUAUAUGUGUUACUUUAGUUGGUUUUCAUUUAUAGUAAUGGUGUUAAUGUAAAAAAGCUGGUGCAUUCGGUCAAGCAUCCUGUCCCGCUCAUAGAAUGAGAACUGAAAGCCUUUUGGU